GCCAUGAACACCUGCAAGUACAAUGGCGGCGUAGUGAGACCACUGGGCAGCCUGGCGUCGUCGCGGCGCAACCUAGCAGAGCUCGACUCUGAGACGCAGCCCCUCCAGACGUUGCACAGCUCCGGCCUGGAGGUGGUGGUAUCCAAGGGCAACGGCGAGGACCCCAGCAAGGCGUCCAACGAGAGCCUGGUCAGGGACGGAAACGGUGCUCCUGUGAAGAAGAACAAGGACAUUGGCUAUAGGCUCGGCCACCGGAGGGCGCUCUUUGAGAAGCGGAAGAGACUCAGUGACUACGCCCUCAUCUUUGGAAUGUUCGGGAUCGUCGUCAUGGUGACUGAGACUGAACUGUCCUGGGGAGUUUACGGCAAGGAAUCUUCGUACUCAUUUGCACUGAAAUGCCUUAUCAGCCUUUCCACUGUUAUAUUGCUUGGUCUUAUAAUAAUGUACCAUGCCCGGGAAAUCCAGCUGUUCAUGGUGGACAAUGGGGCGGACGACUGGAGGAUAGCCAUGACGUACGAGCGCAUCUUCUUCAUCGUUCUGGAGCUGCUGGUGUGCGCCAUCCACCCCAUCCCGGGCCAUUACCGCUUCACUUGGACGGCGCGGAUCGCCUUCACCUACACUCCGUCGACGGCCAACGCCGACGUGGACAUCAUCCUCUCCAUCCCCAUGUUCCUCAGGCUCUACCUGAUCGGCCGCGUCAUGCUGCUGCACAGCAAGCUCUUCACAGACGCCUCGUCGCGCAGCAUCGGCGCCCUCAACAAGAUCAACUUCAACACACGCUUCGUCAUGAAGACGCUCAUGACCAUCUGCCCCGGCACCGUGCUGCUGGUCUUCAGCAUCUCCUCCUGGAUCAUCGCCGCCUGGACGGUGCGAGUCUGCGAGAGGUAUCAUGACACACAGGAAGUGACCAGUAACUUCCUGGGAGCCAUGUGGCUGAUCUCUAUUACCUUCCUCUCGAUUGGCUACGGAGACAUGGUACCUAACACGUACUGUGGGAAAGGCGUAUGUCUGCUUACAGGGAUCAUGGGAGCUGGCUGCACUGCGCUGGUGGUCGCCGUGGUAGCCAGGAAGUUGGAGUUGACCAAGGCUGAGAAGCAUGUCCACAACUUCAUGAUGGACACACAACUCUGCAAACGAGUAAAGAACACAGCUGCCAAUGUACUCAGGGAAACAUGGCUCAUCUACAAACACACUAAAUUGGUCAAGAAGAUCGAUCAUGCCAAGGUGCGGAAACACCAGCGCAAGUUUCUACAGGCUAUCCAUCAACUGCGCAGUGUGAAGAUGGAGCAGAGGAAACUCAAUGAUCAGGCCAACACGCUAGUGGACCUGGCUAAGACCCAGAACGUGAUGUAUGACCUGGUGUCGGAGCUGCAGGAGCGUAGCGAGGAACUGGACAAGCGGAUCGGCAUGCUGGAGGAAAAGCUGGACUCGGUGACGGGCAGCCUACAGGCUCUGCCCUGCCUCAUCUCCCAAGCCAUAAACCAGCAGCAGCAGGAAUUCCUGGACGGCUUCCUGCACCGCUUCCGGCCCACCUCACUGGGCUCAGAGCGCUCGGAACGUUCCGAACGUUCCGAGCGUUCCUGGACCUCCACAGCCCGCCGGCGUCGCUCGCCCUCAACGGCACCGCACACCUCCUCUGACAGCGGCUAG